AUGGGGUGGAAGAGAGGCAUUGCUUUGUUUAUUGCUUUUCAGGUGAUUAUUGGGUGUUCAUCACAGUCUAAUUCAGAGAUUAACAGAGGCAGCUUUCCAAAGGGCUUUGUUUUUGGGACUGCUUCUUCUGCCUUCCAGUAUGAAGGCGCAGUAAAAGAGGAUGGAAGGGGGCCUUCUGUAUGGGACAUUUUUUCACACACUUUUGGCAAAAUAACUGAUUUCAGUAAUGCUGAUGUUGCUGUGGAUCAGUAUCACCUUUAUGAUGCAAGACUUCUCCAACCAAUCUCAGGAGAUGUACAACUUAUGAAGGAUAUGGGAAUGGAUGCGUAUAGGUUUUCGAUAUCCUGGUCUCGGAUAUUCCCCAAUGGAACUGGGCAAAUCAAUCAGGCAGGGGUUGAUCACUACAACAAUCUCAUUAAUUCAUUGCUAGCGAAAGGAAUUGAACCGUACGUAACCCUCUACCACUGGGAUCUUCCUCAAGCCUUGGAAGACAGAUACACUGGGUGGCUUGACGCUCAAAUCAUACAGGACUUUGCAGUAUACGCGGAGACAUGCUUUCAGAAAUUCGGUGACAGGGUGAAGCACUGGAUCACAUUCAACGAGCCACACACAUUUGCUGUACAAGGAUACGAUGUAGGUCUCCAGGCACCAGGAAGAUGCUCUCUCCUAGGCCGCCUUUUCUGUAGAGCCGGAAACUCUGCAACUGAGCCUUACAUAGUUGCUCACAAUGUCAUCCUUUCUCAUGCAACUGUUGCCGACAUUUACAGGAAAAAGUAUAAGCCAAAACAACGAGGAUCAAUUGGGGCAUCAUUUGAUGUUAUUUGGUAUCGAUCAGCAACAAACUCUACAGCAGACAUUGAAGCAACUGAAAGAGCCCAAGAUUUUCAGCUUGGCUGGUUUCUUGACCCUUUCAUUUUUGGGGAUUAUCCAUUCUCUAUGAGAAGUAGAGUCGGAAGCCGUCUGCCAAAGUUUUCCAAAUCUGAGUCCACUUUAAUCAAGGGGUCAUUGGAUUUUGUGGGCAUUAAUCACUACACUACCUUCUAUGCCAGUAACGAUUCUUCUCAUAUUAUCGGACUACUGAAUGACUCCCUAUCAGACUCUGGUGCCAUUGCCCUUCAUAGUAUUUUCGUCCUGUUUUCAGCUUUCAAAGAUGGAAAAGCUAUUGGAGAUAAGGCAAAUUCGAUAUGGUUAUACAUAGUGCCUGAGGGGAUGAGAAGCUUAAUGAACUACAUCAAGAAAAAGUAUGGCAAUCCUCCGGUGCUUAUCACUGAGAAUGGCAUGGACGACCCAAAUAGCCCAUUCAUUUCCCUCAAGGAUGCUCUAAAGGAUGAGAAAAGGAUCAGUUACCACCGUGACUAUUUGUCAAACUUGCUAGCUUCAAUCAAAGAAGAUGGGUGCAAUGUGAACGGUUAUUUUGCAUGGUCUCUACUGGAUAACUGGGAGUGGGGUGCAGGAUACACUUCAAGAUUUGGUCUCUAUUUCAUUGACUAUAAGGACAAGCUCAAGAGAUACCCCAAGGACUCUGGUUUAGCCUUGUCGAGUUUGUUGCCGGACGGGAAUUCCAUAUGCCCUUUUAGUCUCUUGUAUGUGGUUCAGCUUGAGUAUAGACGGAGAUAUUUGAGAUUUGCUAGUUUGUGCAGCGUGGCCGGGAAGAUCUACACGCUUUGUGGAGGCUUGGCGUGGCCGUGGGUUUGCUUGCAGCAGGCAGUGAUGGAGGCAGGUGGUGGUGGAGGAGGCAGAUCAGAUCACGGAUCAUCUUCUGUUGGGCUUGGGCUGAGCCUGAUCUUUGAGGUUGUUUGGGCUUCCAGAUGGGUUAGAGCUCGCCAUUUGGGCCUUAACCCUUUCUAG